AAGAGACAGAGGAGAGGCAGAGAUAGAGGCAAUAUUCAGAGAGUGUGUCUGUAGCAGCCAGUAAUUACCUUCCAGCUUCUGAACCAAUCAAGAGCCACAGAGAGAGACACAGAGGGAGGAAGCACAUUUACAUUCUCAGUCUCUUCCCAGGCAAAGAGGUAGACAGUGUGCUUAUUGAAUCAGAGUGAGAGAGAAGGAACGGAAGUGUUUUCUUUGGAGCGGCACAGCUCAUCCUUUCUCAUAUUUGCAGAGUCUUGCCGGGUGAAAACAGAUGGACAAGAUGAACCACAGCUCAGCGGAGGCAGAGGCUGAAACCAUAGAACCACUGCGUUACCUCAGUAAAGGGGAGGCAGCAGCUAUCGAGACAGAGCUACUGAGGGACUACAGGUUCGGACAACAGCAGCUGAUAGAGAUUUGGGGACAAGCAUGUGCCCUCGCAAUCACUAAGGCCUACCCGCUCAGCGCUCUAGCAAAGAAGCAGCCAACAGUGCUGGUGAUCUGUGGUCCAGAUCAAAACGGCUCCAUUGGCCUGGUGUGUGCCCGACACCUGCGCAUAUAUGAAUAUGAGCCCACCAUCUACCAUCCUAAACGCUCCUCUCAAAGUCUACACCAGGACUUUACAGUUCAAUGUGAGAAGAUGGACAUCCCUUUCCUCUCUUAUCUCCCCACAGAGGUGCAGCUCAUAAACGAUGCCUACAACCUAGUGAUCGAUGCCAUGCUGGGCCCAGAUACAGACUGUGCCAGCAUUAAGGAGCCCUACCCUGGUAUUCUUGUCACCCUGAAGCAAGUCAAGAUCCCCAUUGUCAGUGUGGAUGUGCCUUCAGGUUGGGAUGUCGAAGAACCAAGUCAAGAUGGCAUUAACCCAGAAGUUCUCAUCUCACUCACAGCACCAAAGAAGUGUGCCAUGAGUUUCUCGGGGAAGCAUUUCUUGGCCGGGCGCUUCCUGCCCUAUGACAUCCAGAAAAAAUAUGAGCUCAACCUCCCAGACUACCCUGGCACAGACUGUCUCAUAGAAUUGUAACACAUGGGAAACAUAAGAGCCAGCACGGCCACUCCUCAUUUUCAAAAACAUACGGUUGAUCUAUUCUCUUGUUUUGUACUUUAUAGAUUGUUGAUGUGAUUUAAUGUUAACAGCUCAGUUGUUGUUGAGCUACAGUAGAAUGAUAAUAUUUAGAAGCUGUGGUUUAAGUCAAGUCUAUUUAGGGAACAGCAUGAGGAGCUAUUGUGUCAGUCUACUUGUAAAAGCUGUAGCAUUACACUGUUUUCUGAUUACUUUGCGAAAGACAGAACUUUCUGUUACCACAGUCUGCAAAGAAAGAUGAAUUUUCUAUGAUGCCUCCCACUGGACUUUUUUUCUCCUUCAAAACUCUUUUUAAUGUUUAUGUUCUGAUGCUCUUAUGUUUACAUUUUUACUGAAGUGUGCUACUGAGAUGAGAUGUUGUUUUAGAACUUUCUGUUCCUGUAUUUUUGGUUUAUUUGGUCAGCCUGCACUUCUGCAUUACUUUUGUUUCAGUUACUCCAUCAGUUGUUACAAAAGGCCCAGACAGUUCUCGUUGUCCAAUAAAUAAAUAAAAAAUC